AUGAACGACGAGGAAAGGGGAAGAAACUUUGGGAUUCGGACUGUGAUAAGUGUGAUGCCAUGCCUGGUGCAUGCUAUCAUCUACCCCUACUUGAGAGCCUACGAGAAAAGCCCUAGCAAGCCAUUUUCCGGCGCUUUCGCUCACGCAGCCGUCGCUUACGCCUUCCUUCAGCUCCUCAACGCCUUUGCUCGCGCCAGGAACCCUAGAUCUAUGCUUUUCGACGUCAUCUCUGUGCCCUGCAACUUCGCAGUCAUCCUCAUCGCCUUUGCAGCCAUCUUCUCCAACUGA